AUGCGGCCAGACCAAAAUUUGCUUUCCAUUAUGUGGAAGAAAAAAAAUUGGGUUGAUGUUGCAAAUGAUCUUUUAAGGAGCUGCAACGUAAACCAGCGCAUAAAGCAUCUCUCAGAAUGUGGUGCUGAUGUGUUUGUUCGUCUUUAUGAGUCAAUCUUAGGAGAAAAAGUACCAGAUUUCAUAGCUACUCCUAGAAGCCAAGAGGAUGAUGCACAUAAUGUACAAGCAGUAAUAGAUUCCUUGGCAUUGGACUACUUGCAGGUCAGCUUGUCGCACAUCAGUGGUGAGAACAUUGUGAAAGGAGAAAAGGAAUCUAUCAGAAACCUCCUCGAAAUAUUUGAUGGUUUGUUAGAGUAUCUUACAGAAGAAGUCAGUGAAUCUUCUUCUCAGAAUGGAGAUGACGCAAAUGUGCUGUCCAAUAAUGAAAUUCAAAUUGCAUCUCAAGGGCAGUUGGAAAGCAAUGCUGGUCAACUUACUCAACCUUCAAUAUUCUCAUCAGUUGAAGGGUCCCAGUCAGAAUUUUUUGUUCCAUCUUGUGAUAUAGAUGGAUCAGAAUCUACCAGUGAAUUAAUUAGACUUGGAGAUACUGCUCAUUCAUUUUCCAAGAGAGAGGAAGCACCACUUCUAGAAUUCCAGUUGCCUGAAUUGUUACCAGCAGAAACGGACAAGGGGGUGGAAGAGUCUAAAAACUCAGGGGCUAUUGCAACAUUACCUAGACAGUUCUCUGAAAUUGAAAGGGCCGUUGUAAAGGAAAAGGAAGAUGGAUCAAUGGAAUCUGUUCAUACUACUGAACCUCAAAAAGAGAGUUUGAGUGCCAGCGCUACAAAACUUGGGGAGCCUAUACAGCAAGCUAUUCCUUUGCUACCACCAUUUCAGGCUUCGGAAGCCAGACCUCAUUAUCCUGGAUGGAGAGAUUAUCAGAGCUCAGCCAGCCAGUCAGCAACUUUGGCUAACAGUCAAAGAGUGAAAAUUCCUACUGUAAAACUUGAAAAGUCACUUACACAAAAAUCUGAAGAUGUUUCUGGUAGUCUCCCCCUAUCAAGGAAAAUCCCUGUGGGAGACAAGGUGGUAUCAAAUGAUGCUGAGGACAACGUGGCAAAGGUUCCCUGGGUAUAUGGGACUUCAUCUGCUUCCUCUUUACAUCAAAAACUCUCUCUACGUGCUGAACAAGUAAUACAAACUCCAAGACCUGAAUCUAGAUAUCUGCCUAGAAAGAAAAGAUAUGAAAAUUCUACCACAGAUUCACUUGAAGAGUCUCCUUCCCACAGAACAACAAAGGAAAAGCUAUCUGAGCAAGAGCUUCAUAAAGUGUCAGAAAAACUCUCUCGCAGGUUAAAUGAACUAGAUUUAAUGUUAAAGAGAACUUUGGGUGGGCAGACCAGGGAAGAAGAGUUGACAGAUGAGGACAACCUGUCUCAGCACAGUGACAGUGUCAUGGAUUAUCGCCGAAGGAAAGCUGAACGAGACACAUCGCAUCUAAGGUACCCAAGCAGGCCACGAUCCCUUUCUCCGUCUUCACCCUCAUCUCAGCGUCAACUCUUUUCUGAGUUGGAAGAUAAACUUUGCAGUAAUGGAACAGGCCAUAUAAGGAAAAUACGCAACCAGUUGCAAAAAGAAAGGGAUGAAGGAACAAAAAAAGCAAAGAUGGUCGCUAAAGCUUAUAAAGAUGAACUAAGAAUUUAUGAAGCUAGGGAGAGACUUAGACUUUCCAAGCUUCGAGAAGUCAUCAAGGAAAUGGAACAAGAAUACAAAGAAAACAUCUUUAAAGAACCUCCAAAAAUGCCUCAGCCAGUGAAAGUUUAUUCUAGAAAAACCACACCUCGGAAUCCCAAAUACAGCCAGUGGAUUCCAAAACGAGGGACUGUGAAGCCAAAGAAAGCAGCUCCAAUGAAAGUAAGAGAUGAUGACCUCCUAUUUCAGCUACUGGAAGAGUUUCCCCACCUGCAUAUUUCCCACCAUACUAUGAAUAAGAUGUGGCAGCAGCAGCUUGCACAUACUGAACAACUUAAGGCAGCUUCUGGCAGAACUAGACCAAAACUCCAAAAUGAAGUUCAACAAGCCCUGAAGAAGCAUGAGCUUCUUGUUGCAAUUAUUAAAAAAGAUCAAGACCAUAACAAGAGACUGCAAGAAUUUAAGCAACGCAUCUGCCGACAGAAGUGGGCUCAGAAUAAAGUGAGAGAGAAACGCCAGCAAAUUGCUCGAGCCAGGAAAUAUUAUGAAGAUUACCGGGUUCAGUUGCGUGCCAAGAUGAUGCGGGCUAGGACACGGGAAGAAAGGAUAUUUAAAAACUUAUUUGAAGAAGGCUUAGAAAUUCAGAAGCAAAGACUGAAGGACCUGAGAGCAUAUGCUCGAGAGAAGCGUGCUGAGCAAAGGAGAGAGCAUCAAAAUGAGUUGGAGUCUAUGGAGAACUAUUACAAAGAUCAGUUUUCCAUGCUAGCAGAAGCUUUAUCUCAAGAACACCAAGAAAUCCAAACCAGAGAAAAAGCACAAGCACAAAUGCUACAGAAAACAAAAAGAGAAUUGAGAUCGAGGAUGGAAAAGGAAAUACAGCAACUGCAAGCAGCAAUAAUGCAAAGUGAUGAUGACACCUUUUUUCAAGAACUAGAAGCAGACAGACUGAAAUCUAGACUUCAGAUGGCUUCCUUUCAGUAUAGCAAAAGCCGUUUCUUGUAAGACUUACGGUAAAUAUCACUGCAGUUCGCUGGCUAACAUGAUGAGAAUCUCUGAGAGCUGCUGUAACAGGAAGAUGGCGUGUGGCUGUUUUUCUCUAAAAUAUCUGGUCUGUCAUUUUGACACAUCAGAGGUGUAGCUGCUGGUAUCUGGGAUCUCUACAGCACUUUUAUGAUCACCAAUAAAGUUUUUAAACUACUUUCUACCUUCUUGGCAAGACUGAGAUAAUGUGGAGCUCCACACAAAGGACAUGGGAUGAAGUCAGUGUGCUUUAGUGAAGUUAUCUUAGUAAAACAGUUGAAUGCUAAGCCUCAUCUACACCUGUGCUGGUUCUUACUGCUGGAGUGGAA